GAUCUUGCAUCUAGUCUAGCAUAUGAACUAAAGACAUCAACUUACGAAUGCAUGGUCUGCUGGGAUGUAGUUCGACCAGCACAUACUACUUGGACCUGCGAUUGCUGUUGGGCAGUUUUUCAUAUUCAUUGUGUUCAGAAAUGGGCAACGAAAUCACUUUCAGAUAUAUCCACCAACAAGAUGAUCACUUCAUGGCGCUGUCCUGGAUGUCAACACACUCGAACCGUUGUACCGAAAGAUUACUUUUGUUUUUGCGGAAAACAACGGAACCCAGAACCAAAUAAAUACUUAACUCCACACAGUUGCGGUCAAUUAUGCAAAAAAACACGUUCGUGCCCUCACCCAUGUGUACUGCCAUGUCAUCCUGGACCAUGUCCACCUUGUACAGCAAUGGGUCCUGUUCUGACAUGUUUUUGUGGAAGACAUACUCGCCAAACACGUUGUGUGGAUACAGACUAUGCCACACAAGCAUAUAAAUGCGAAGAAGUCUGUGGAGAGAGUUUAGGAUGUGGGAAACAUGACUGCAAAGACACAUGUCACGCUGGUCUCUGUCCUCCUUGUACUGUCGAGGAAAUCCAAUUGUGCUAUUGUGGCCGUCAUGAACGCACUGGAAGAUGUGGAAGUGGGAAAGCAAUUGAAAUUAAGGGCCACGUAGGAUAUUACAGCUGUGGAGACGUGUGUGACAGUACAUAUUCAUGUGGAAUUCAUCGUUGUGAAGCUACCUGUCAUCCUUGUGAAGCAACUCCCAAAAAAUGCCCGUAUGAUCCCAGCUUAGUGAAGACUUGUCCUUGUGGUGGUGAAUCUCUGGAGUCACUGGGCGUUGCAAAAAGAACUUCUUGUACUGAUCCAAUUCCCACGUGUGGUCGUGAAUGCUCAAAGGUAUUACCAUGUGGGCAUGAAUGUCAUGAAACGUGUCAUACCGGCGAGUGUCCUCCAUGUAAAGAGGUUGUGGAAGUACCCUGUCGCUGUCAAUCAACCGUCUUUUCUGCCACGUGUGCAAGUGUGUGCGAAGUUGCAGGUGGUGAGCCGCCAGAAUGUGGACGCGUUUGUAAAUCCAUGCGACAAUGUGGACGUCACCAAUGUGGAAACAAAUGCUGCCCAGCCAUGAAGCAAAAAGGCAAAAAAAAGCAAGGUACUCCUGAGAAUAUUCACGAAUGCCCUCUAGUGUGUGGCCGCACGCUGGGGUGUGGUGUUCACACCUGUCAGGAUAAAUGCCAUAAAGGACGAUGCAACCCAUGCCUUGAGGCUACAUUUGAUGAGAUAUCUUGCCAUUGCGGAAGAACACGCUUAGAACCACCAAUUCGCUGUGGUACUCAAAUUCCAGCAUGCCCCUAUCCUUGUCAACGUCCUGCUCCAUGUGGACAUAUGCGCUUAUUACAACACACCUGUCAUCCCGACGAUGAGCCAUGCCCGCCAUGCUCCAUCCUAAUUACUCGUACUUGUAUGUGUGGUAAAACCGAGCUGAGAAAUGUGCCUUGUUACCGCGAAUCCCCACGCUGUGGCAGGAUUUGCGACAAGAUCCUAGAUUGUGGCCAUAAGUGCAACAAAACUUGCCACAGUGGACCCUGCUUAACCGAAACCGAAUCAUGUCAGCAGUCAUGCCAUGGUACCCGUAGUUGUGGACAUCCGUGUAAAAGAAAGUGCCACAGCGGUCCUUGCCCAGAAACAGACAUAUGCCCGGGACGAGUGAAGGCAAGCUGUGAAUGCGGCCAAAACUCCACCGAAAUACCUUGUCAUGCAACUGCAGAUUCUAGUGGUUCCAACCAUGUACUUCCCUGCGAUUCAUUUUGUGCAAAGGUCCAGCGCAAUCGUAAGCUCGCCUUGGCUUUUGAUAUCAAUCGCGACGAAACAACCGAGACUUUAUCCACAGAUGAUCUUGGUUAUUAUGAUGACACUCUCCGGGAGUUCUAUCGUGAAAAUACCGGCUGGUGCAAGCAGGUCGAAGUCAUGCUUAUUGAAUUCUGCAACAGUUCACGCCAGACUCUCAAUUGUAAACCUAUGCGCAGUCAUUUCCGAAAAUUCAUCCACCGUUACGCAACCCAUUUCAACUUAACCACCACAGCUGUGGAUCCUGAGCCAAAGCGAAGCGUCAUUGUUCAAAAGACUGCUGGCCAGAGUCGUGUUCCUCCUGUCUUACUCUCCCGCGCC